UAAUCCAUGGAAUAAUGUAGAUAGUACGCGUAGAAAACGUGUAUCUUACACAUUCAUACAUUCGCUAAUAGUUUCUAGAACAAAUGAUCCUACAAAUUGCGCAUCCAUCCGAUCUGACCAUCCAUCCUCCUUUAACCUUAACCAACCUACCCAAUAAAAUCCAUCCACUCUCUAUUUCACAAGUACUUUCCUUCCUAUAUUACACUUGGACUUAAACCAUCUUCCUCAGUUUUCACGAAUAACACUUCUCUUUCUAUCACUCUUUCCUUUUUUUCAUCGCCGCUCCACCGUACUGUUCUUCACUUUCAAAGUGGGGAACCUUCAGAAGAUAGCUUGAAUUGGCAUAUCAUCACUCUGGCCAAGAUUAUAGUGAUCUCUCCUCAGUGGAGGGUGUGUUGUGCUCAGAUUGUUCCAUCAGUCUGCUUUUCAUUUGUUUGCAAAACAUUGGUUUGGCGCCUACCUAUUGAUUAUGGCUAAUAUUCAAUCAAACUAAGCUUUAUUCUAUUGAGUCAUUGGAAAUGUAAUCUGAAAAGCUUCAAUUGUUUGUAAGUCACUUGGAGUACAGCAAAGGGAAACAUCCAACACAAAGUUUUUUCUUCAUUUAUCUUUCUUUCCAACAUCUUCCGGUCUCAAUCUGAUACUAUUCAUCAAUCAUGGCAUUAUUGAAUUUCUUCUCCAAACUAGUUGGAAAGAAAAAGAAGGCAAAGGUUGCAAUUGUUUCUUCACCUGAUUGUCCGAACAAUGGGAUCAGAACUCUGCAAGUGAAGCUGGAACACCCAGUGAAACCCUCUGAAAAUGAUGAGCUGAACGUAACGACAUCUUUCAGUGUUGCGGUGCCAUUUGAUACACCCACGAUUUCAAGGUGCAAGGUGAAGUUGAUGAACCCUGAAAACCCUGUUGAGAAUGAGCCUGUAGAGCUCGAUUAUGAAGGCGAAGAUGAGCAUGAUGACAAGUCACCAAUAAGCAGGGAAAACUCUGAUUUUAACCUGCAAGCUCAAGACAUAGUUUCAAGUAAUCCGUCGUUUCAAAACGAUGAUCUCGACAAUAAGACAGCUGACAAAGAUGCAGAUGAUGAAGACAUAGAUAUGAUGCAGAGUGGCCAUGUUAGUGACCCCGGCUUGGCUAGAAAAGAGCAGUGGGCAUCACCGAGCCUUACACGUUCUUGCUCAAACCUCGAAUCAAGGGAAGUUCUGAAUAAGAUUGCUGAUCAAUUGCCACCUUCUAAAACACAAUCAUUUGAAGAAUUACAAGACUUGGCUGAUAGAGUAAAAGGUGAUGUUUUGAUGGGUUCUCCUUGCAGUCAGUCAUCUGUUUUGUCUCACAGAAGUGCUGAUAAAGUAAUGCUGAAAAAGCAUUCUUCAAGCCAAAUCCUUCCUUCUAGAAGCAAGAGAUUGUGGUGGAAACUAUUCCUUUGGAGUCAUAGAAACUUGCCAAAACCGGCAAGUGCUCCAAAAACAAGAGUUUCCCUUCUUGCUUCGGUUAAUCAGCAAGGUGGGUAUUCAUCGGAUACACUCGAACCAGGUCGAGGUAAACCGCUCAGCAAAGUGGAAUCAGCAGGGUCAUUCUCUGAACUCUGUAGUAACAAGAGCAGUCAUAAAGCCAAUGCAUUCAAGGAUGGUUUUUCGGGAUUAUGGCCUCAGAAUCAGUGGAUUGCUUUCACAGGAGAGUCAUCAUCUUCGCCUUUAAAGAGAGUAGAUGACUGGGUGAAUGACCUUGGAUAUCAGCCUUCAACAAUGGCAAUUGAACAAGAGAAUGACGAUGAGCAAAUCGUCUUUCCAGCUUCUCCUGAGGUUGAUGAAUCAGUGGCGAAAGCUCGAGUUCAUUCCUCGAAACAUAACAGAAUUAAUUUGUCAGAGGAACUCCUGCAUGCCAAUAGCAUGAUUCAGUCCCUGAAUUCUUCUUCAACUGUGGCUCAUAUUUCAGGAAUGGGGUUAAAAGCCAUCCCAAUGAUCUCACAUUUUUCGAGUCUUCGAUCCAUCAACUUAUCAAACAAUUCAAUAGUUCAAAUAACUCCUGGAUCACUUCCAAAGGGUCUGCAUGUCCUCGACUUAUCUAAGAACAAGAUCGCUUCCAUUGAAGGACUAAGGGAGUUAACCCGAUUGAGGGUACUGUAUCUGAACUACAAUAGGAUAUCGCGGAUUGGCCAUGGUUUAUCGAGCUGCACCCUGCUGAAGGAGUUGUAUUUAUCGGGCAACAAAAUAAGCGAAGUCGAGGGAUUACACAGACUGUUAAAGCUUACAGUUCUAGACCUUAGCUUCAAUAAAAUAACCACAACCAAGGCUCUAGGACAGCUUGUUGCCAACUACAAUUCAUUAGUGGCGCUUAAUAUAUUAGGGAAUCCCAUUCACAGCAACCUAAGCAGUGAACAGCUUAGGAGAGCAGUUUGCGGGCUUCUGCCAAAGCUAGCAUACUUAAACAAGCAAGUCGUGAAUCAGCAGAAAGCCCGUGAGGUUUCUUCUGAUAUUGUCGCCAAAACUGCAUCUCGAAGCAGCAAUUGGAAUUCUUGUAAGCGAUCAGUAAAAAGAUCAAGUGCAAGUGGAGGUUUGUCAAGUUCUUCAAGGAGCGGUGCAAGUGUUUCGCAGAGAGGCAGGAGCAAGUUGAAAAGGCGGGUGAAUCAGAAGUCGAGAUUGAAGACAACGGAAAGCAGUUAAAUGAACUACUAAGCAAAACAAAUUAUCUUUUUGGAAUUCUUGUUUGAUGUUUGUUUUAUUUUAUUUAUUGUUUUAUUUCUUCAAUAAAAGCUUCCUUUGUUUGUAAGGAUUUAAGAUCAAAUAAAAUAAGACGUUUUAAGGUGUGUUUGCAAA